AUGACUCAACUCCCAACCUCCGGCCCUGUUCAGGAGGACACUCCAACUUUCAUCAAGAAGGCCAAGUCCAGAAUAGCCGAGCCUAUCGUUGCUGCUUUCAUAGCUGGAGGUGUAGCAGGCGCGGUAUCCAGGACAAUUGUAUCGCCCCUCGAACGCUUGAAGAUUCUCCUCCAGAUCCAAAGUGUUGGUAGGGAGGAGUACAAAUUAUCAAUAUGGAAAGCCCUCGGCAAAAUUGGACGAGAAGAGGGAUGGAAAGGUUUUAUGCGCGGAAACGGUACAAAUUGUAUUCGCAUUAUCCCUUACUCCGCUGUUCAAUUCGGCAGCUAUAACUUUUACAAGAAGUUCGCAGAAUCUUCACCAAAUGCCGAGUUGCCAGCGGUGCAUCGUCUUAUCUGUGGAGGUGCUGCCGGGAUCACCUCUGUGACAAUUACUUACCCUCUUGAUAUUGUUAGAACUCGGCUCUCUAUUCAAUCAGCCUCAUUCGCAGGUCUCAGUCACCGAGAGGCCGGGGAGCGGUUGCCUGGCAUGUUUACAACUAUGGUCUUGAUAUACAGAAACGAAGGCGGCAUCGUAGGUCUAUACCGCGGCAUUAUACCUACUGUUGCUGGCGUUGCCCCUUAUGUCGGGCUCAAUUUCAUGACAUAUGAAUCUGUUCGCAAAUCCUUGACUCCUGAAGGUGAUACAACACCAGGACCACUGCGCAAAUUACUCGCUGGCGCCAUCUCAGGAGCAGUGGCACAAACAUGCACAUACCCAUUCGACGUCCUUCGGCGGCGCUUCCAAAUAAACACGAUGUCUGGAAUGGGCUACCAAUAUACAUCAAUCAUGGAUGCUGUGAGGGCUAUUGUGGCGGAAGAGGGGUUGCGCGGAUUGUUCAAAGGCAUUGUGCCAAAUCUUCUCAAAGUGGCUCCCAGCAUGGCUAGUAUCGACUUGGACCGCCACCAUGUGCGCGGCACCCAUCGCAAGGCGCCCAAGAGCGAGAACGUUUACCUGCAAGUCUUGGUGAAGCUCUAUCGAUUCCUCGCCCGUCGCACGGAAUCCAACUUCAACAAGGUUGUGUUGCGCCGUCUUUUCAUGUCCAGGAUCAACCGCCCUCCCGUUUCGCUUUCGCGCAUUGUGUCCAAUGUGUCCGAAUCCCACAAGGGCAAGACCAUUGUUGUGAUCGGCACCAUCACCGACGACAACCGCCUUCUUACCGUCCCGAAGUUGUCCGUCGCCGCUCUCCGUUUCACUGCUACCGCCAGAGCCAGGAUCGAGAAGGCUGGCGGUGAGACUCUGACUUUGGACCAACUCGCCCUCCGCGCCCCUACCGGAGCGAACACGCUUCUUCUCCGCGGACCUAAGAACGCCAGGGAGGCAGUCAAGCACUUCGGAUUCGGGCCUCACAGCCACAAGAAGCCUUACGUGCGCAGCAAGGGACGGAAGUUCGAGAGAGCCCGUGGACGCAGAAGGUCUCGCGGUUUCAAGGUCUAA